AUGCUUUCACGUCACUUGUCAAGGUGUUGUAGCAAAAGAACUACACAAAAUCUAUAUCUUGCUUUGAAAUCCCAAACAAGAUCAAUCUCAAAGAUAAAUCAUCACAAUGCAGCCCAAGCCACAACUACAUCAAGACCACAACCAUCUCCGGCAUUCAACCUUUCUGAUGCUGAGUCUCCUUCGCUGCCUCAGCCAAAGAGCCUUUCAAAGCAGCAACGUCGUGAGAAGAGGGAACAGACCAUGGACGAUUCUUUUAUUGGAUUGACUGGUGGUGAAAUUUUCCAUGAAAUGAUGUUGAGACAUGAUGUUGAUACUGUUUUUGGAUACGCCGGAGGUGCCAUUUUGCCAGUUUUCGACGCUAUUUACAACUCUGAGAAAUUCAAGUUUGUUUUACCAAGACAUGAACAAGGUGCUGGACACAUGGCUGAAGGUUAUGCUAGAGCUAGCGGGAAGCCAGGUGUUGUUUUGGUAACUUCUGGUCCCGGUGCCACUAAUGUCAUUACUCCAAUGGCCGACGCUUUGAUGGAUGGAGUUCCAUUAAUUGUCUUUACCGGUCAAGUGCCAACUAGCGCUAUUGGUACUGAUGCUUUCCAAGAGGCAGAUGUUAUUGGUAUUUCGAGAUCAUGUACCAAAUGGAAUGUUAUGGUUAAGAAUGUUGCUGAAUUACCAAGAAGAAUAAACGAAGCUUUUGAGAUUGCCACAACUGGUAGACCAGGUCCAGUUUUGGUUGAUUUACCAAAGGACGUCACGGCGUCUAUUUUGAGAGAAUCUAUUCCUAUAAAUACCACUUUACCAUCUAACGCAUUGAGCACAAUUACCAAGAAGGCCGUUUCCGAGUUCACCACAGAAGCCAUCAAAAGGUCUGCUGAUAUAUUGAACAAGGCCAAGAAGCCUAUCAUCUACUGCGGUGCUGGUAUUUUGAACCAUGAAGAUGGUCCAAAGUUGCUUAAAGAGUUGGCUGAUAAAGCAAACAUUCCUGUAACUACAACUUUACAAGGAUUGGGUGCUUUUGAUCAAAGAGAUCCAAAGUCAUUGGAUAUGUUGGGUAUGCACGGUUCAGCAGCUGCAAACACUGCUAUCCAAAAUGCUGAUUGCAUCAUUGCUCUUGGUGCUAGAUUUGAUGAUAGAGUCACUGGUAACAUCGCCAAGUUUGCUCCAGAAGCAAAAUUAGCUGCUGCUGAAAACAGAGGUGGUAUCUUGCAUUUCGAAAUCUCACCAAAGAACAUCAACAAGGUUGUUGAGGCUACUGAGGCAGUGGAAGGUGAUGUUACUGCCAACUUGCGUAAAUUCAUUCCACUUGUAAACCAAGUCGAGUCUAGACCUGAAUGGUUCGAAAAAAUUGAUGCAUGGAAGGAACAAUAUCCAUACUCAUACCAAGUUGAAACUCCGGACUCCAAGAUAAAGCCACAAACCUUGAUCAAGGAGAUCUCCGAACAGUCAAUGAAAUACGAUAAAGAUGUUUAUGUUACUACUGGUGUUGGCCAACAUCAAAUGUGGGCAGCACAACAUUGGACUUGGACCAAGCCUAGAACAAUGAUUACUUCUGGUGGUUUGGGAACUAUGGGUUACGGAUUACCUGCUGCCAUUGGUGCUCAAGUCGCCAGACCAGAUGCUAUUGUGAUUGACAUUGACGGUGAUGCAUCAUUCAACAUGACUUUGACUGAAUUAUCGUCCGCUGUGCAAGCUGGUGCUCCAGUCAAGGUUUGUGUUUUGAAUAACGAAGAGCAAGGUAUGGUUACCCAAUGGCAAUCAUUGUUUUACGAGCAUAGGUACUCACACACACAUCAAGCUAACCCAGAUUUCAUGAAGUUGGCUGACGCUAUGGGGGUCAAAGGUAUCAGAAUUUCCACCCAGGAGGAAUUGAAGCUGGGUGUUAAAGAGUUUUUGGAUUGCCAAGAGCCUGUCUUGUUGGAAGUUAUGGUUGAAAAGAAGGUCCCUGUUUUACCAAUGGUCCCAGCAGGUAAAGCCUUGGAUGAUUUCAUCUUGUGGGAUUCUGAGACUGAAAAACAACAAAAUGCAUUGAGGAAGCAAAGAACCGGUGGAUUGUAUUGA